CCUCCCCGUAUUAUAAAGGGGUUUGGUCAAGGCUUGAUCUACGCAUUCCUUUACCGAUAUAUCAGACGUUUACAAUGCCUUCCCUUCGUCUCGGAAAUAUUGCCCCCGAUUUUGAAGCAGAGACUACUGCCGGACCUAUCAAGUUCCACGAAUGGAUCGGCGACUCUUGGGCAAUUCUCUUCUCGCAUCCUGGAGACUUUACCCCCGUUUGUACUACUGAGCUCGGCGAGGUCGCUCGCCGCGCCGAUGACUUUGCUAAGCGCAAUGUUAAACUCAUUGGCAUCUCUGCCAACGGCCUCAAAGACCACAACAAAUGGGUAGAAGAUAUUAACGACUUCGGCUCGAAAUUCGGUCCAACCAACGUGCAGUUCCCCAUCAUUGCCGACGAGGACCGGAAAAUCUCCACCCUCUAUGAUAUGCUUGAUGAGCAAGAUGCCACUAACCGUGAUGCAAAGGGUCUUCCCUUUACGAUUCGCACUGUAUUCGUGGUUGACCCCAAGAAAGUCAUUCGCUUGACCAUAGCUUAUCCGGCUUCUACCGGACGAAACUUCGAUGAGAUUCUCCGUGUUGUCGACUCUUUGCAGCUUGGCGAUAAACACCGCAUAACUACACCAGUCAAUUGGAACAAGGGUGACGACGUCAUUGUCCACCCUUCCGUUGCCAAUGACGAGGCCAAGGUGCUCUUCCCCGAAGUCACCUUCCACAAGCAACCCUACCUACGCACAACACCCCUUAACGUUAGUGAAUAAAGAUAGGAUGCCGGACGGACGAAUUGCGAUGUCUAUAAGCGUCAUUGAUCCCACUUCCGCGAUCAGCUCAACUGAGAUAAUGAGAUAUGCGAGGCAGACUAAAAAGAUAGUCCAUAUAUUGUAUUACAUAUGUAUAAAGUUGCGCUGGCGAUCAACCGGCUACGCUCACAAGAUGGCCGAGAGAUGCUAUGGGAAGUUAGCUGAGGCUGAAGCUCAGUCCGUGAUAUUACUCCGCUUCUAGCACUGUUCGAAUAAGUCCACGAGGAGCUUAAAGUCAGCAAACUAUAUAUGUAUGACCUGUGCAUGAACUGCGGAGGGCUGGAGCAAAGUCCCAUGAGUACUUGCCUUAUAUAUAAUACGAUGAUCAAUGCAAUUAAGCCGAAAUAUGUGGUUGUUUGUAUCUGUUGAAUUCUAAG